GGGGGCUCCGGAUCGGCCGGAAAUGCGCUCCGGGGAGAGGGACUUCACCGCGGCUGCCCUGUGCCUCAGUUCCCCGCCCGGGACAGGGCGCGGCCUAGCGCCUGCCGCCCGCCCAGCUCCGGCCCGUGCGGCGCCCAGACGGCACGGGGAGGGGCCGGCGCGGCGGCAAGCGGGAGCAGAGCGCAUGCGCACCGCGCCUCAGACAGGGCGAACCAGCUGCGCCGCCGGCCCAAGCGAGCCAGGCCUCCACGUAGGGCGCGGCCCCGGCAGGCCAGUCCCCCCAUGUCCCGCCAUGCUGUGCGGGCGCGGGACUGGGGUAAAGGUCAGCGCCAGGGCUCCGCUGUCGGGCGCGCUGCGCAGGGCUCCGCUCCCGCCGAGGACCGCCGCGGCCAUGGCGAAGCAGCCGCAGCCCAUCAGCCUGAAGAACUUCUUCGCCGGCGGCUUCGGCGGCGUCUGCCUGGUGUUCGUGGGGCACCCGCUCGACACCAUCAAGGUCAGACUACAGACCCAACCAAAACCUCAGGCUGGGCAGCCUCCACUCUAUUCUGGGACCUUCGACUGUUUCAGACAGACUCUCAUUAGAGAGGGAGUCCGAGGCUUGUAUACAGGAAUGGCAGCUCCGAUUAUUGGAGUGACUCCCAUGUUUGCUGUGUGCUUCUUUGGAUUGGUUUGGGGAAAAAAACUCCAGCAGAGGAAUCCUGAUGACAUUCUAGAAUAUCCCCAGCUGUUUGCUGCUGGCAUGUUAUCUGGAGUGUUCACAACAGCAAUCAUGGCUCCAGGAGAGAGGAUCAGUGCAAUUCUCCAGAUCCAGGCUGCUUCAGGUGAAAUUAAAUACAGUGGCCCAAUGGACUGUGCGAAACAGCUGUACCGUGAGGCUGGAAUUCGAGGCAUAUACAAAGGAACCGUGCUCACCCUCAUGAGAGAUGUUCCAGCCAGUGGAAUGUACUUCAUGACGUAUGAAUGGCUGAAAAACAUUCUGACCCCUGAGGGGAAGAGUGUCAGUGACCUCAGCGUGCCUAGGAUUCUCUUUGCCGGGGGUAUGGCAGGGAUCUUCAACUGGGCUGUUGCCAUCCCUCCUGAUGUGCUGAAAUCCCGCUUCCAGACCGGUGAGUCAGAUGGAUAUCCCAAUGGCUUUAGGGAUGUGCUAAGGGAGCUUAUCAGAGAGGAAGGAGUCUCAUCCCUGUACAAAGGGUUCACAGCCGUUAUGAUAAGGGCCUUUCCCGCUAACGCAGCCUGUUUCCUUGGUUUUGAAGUUGCUAUGAAGUUCCUUAACUGGAUUGCACCAAGUCUGUGAAGACUAGGAAAUGUCCUCCUGGGACAG